CCCUCAGGAGGGCCUUCUGACGCUUGCCUUCGCUCGUCAGAAGUCCUAUGGGAUUUCGCGUUCCCAAGGGCAAAAUUCCUGAGCGCCCCACCGGAGCUCUCGGUGUCUGACGGCGGGUCUUAGUUUUGGGGUUGUGACGGGAUCUAGACCAAUUAAACUAAUGAUUGAAUUCAAUUCUAACGCGCAGACUUCUUAAAUACAUCACUAUAACCGGAACUGGCCUGCCAAACUAACGGUUGAAUUAAAAAGUAACGCGCAUACUGUUCAUGUACAUUAACUAUCGCCACCAACAGGUCUGUUAGGAACAAACAAUUGCAGCUCUAACACCGAUAUGAUACUCGUAAUAUUUCCGCGUAGACACGCUGACCAAGUCUAUUAUAUUUCCUAUAACCUUGCCUAUACACUCGCUUGUCCAGAGCAGACGCGCUGGUUAUAGGGCUUCUCUAUACCUUUCCUACGCCAUCAAUUUAAGGCGAAAACAAAAUAGUCUCGUUGAUAUAGAUCAUUAACUCUCUUUGUUAAAAUCGUUUGUACACGAAAUGAAAUAGAUCAUUUUGCUCGAUUUCUAUUUAAAAACUGCAGAAGAAGUACAAGUGAUCAAGCACGAAAGUUGCUCCUGAAUGCAGACGAAUCGACGACACGAGUGUCAGCGCGGCAGAACACAGAUCUUUAUCACGACUUUACAGUACCUAACUAACAGGUUCCGAAAUACUCGCUCUGAACUACACCCGUCAUAGGGAUAGUGUGACAGGGAUUUGUAGUCAGAAGUGAAUAAUAAAUCAUUGGGUCCUCAUUUGGGGGCAAGCUUUCUGUUCGAAGAGGAGCGUUCGUUGUUUUUACCUUUUUUAAGUGAACUAAUACACAGAAUCUUCAUCGCAAUUCACAAGCACGAGAAAUUUAAAAUGUUUCGUUCCAGUUUGCAAACGUUGAAGACGACUAAAUCCAGCCUGCCGUGGCAAUCAUUGUGGAUUAAAACCUCAGCAAACAACAAGCAGGCUCACAAGUCUGAACUAACGCUCCACGACGCCUCAAGCCACCUUCCUCAUGGGGCGCUGCUGUGGCAGUACCUGGUGGGGGGGGUGUCGGUGACGGGCCUCUUAUGGAGCGCCCUUUGGGUGGUGGCAGUGCGCCGCUACCUCGCAGGGGGCUUGUGCACGUCCACGGCUCGCCUCACGGGCCAGACGGUCGUCAUAACGGGCGCCAACGUCGGCAUCGGCAAGGAGACGGCGCGAGACUUGCUCAGGAGAGGGGCUCACGUGAUCUUGGCGUGUCGCAGCUUCUCCAAAGCUGAGGAGGCGCGUCGGUCCCUGCUGGGUGAGGGAGGAAAGGUGGAGGUGCGCCUGCUGGACCUUUCCAGCCUACAGUCCGUCAGGGACUUCGCUGCUGGACUUGUCAAGGAUAACAUCAAAGUCCACAUCCUCAUCAACAACGCAGGGGUGUUUAUGUGUCCGUACAUGGAGACGCAGGAGGGCUUCGAGAUGCAGAUGGGCACAAACCACCUGGGCCACUUCCUGCUCACGAACCUCCUCCUGCCGCAGAUGAAGCAGCACGGCGAGCCCGCCAGGAUCAUCAACGUGUCGUCUACCGCUUGUCUCGGGGGUAAGAUCGACUUGGAUGACUUGUUCCAAAAGAAGAAGCCAUACGACGCCCUGCAGAGCUACAGCAACAGCAAACUCGCAAACGUCCUCUUCACCAGACGCCUCGCGCACCUCCUCAGAGGCACGAAGAUCCAGGUGUUCGCUCUACACCCCGGCAGCGUGGUCAGCUCAGCCACGCGCCACGUGAUGUCUUCGACGUUCUUUAAAGACUACGUCAUUAGUUUGGCGCUCAAGACGACGCUGGAGGGCGCACAGACUACCGUCUACUGUGCUACUGAAGCCCAGCAGCACAGCGAGAUGUACUUCAGCGACUGCGCCGUGGGCUGGGCUCUGGACGCCUCCAAGGACGAGCGACUGGCCGAGGACUUCUGGAAGCUGUCAGCCCAGCUCGUCAAGCUGGACGAGUGACGUGCAGGGAGGAGACGAGGAGCUGGACGAGUGACGUGCAGGGAGGAGACGUGGAGCUGGACGAGUGACGUGCAGGGAGGAGACGUGGAGCUGGACGAGUGACGUGCAGGGAGGAGACGUGGAUCUGGGCGAGUGACGUGCAGGGAGGAGACGAGGAGCUGGACGAGUGACGUGCAGGGAGGAGACGAGGAGCUGGACGGGUGAUUUGCUUCACUCGUCAUCAGUAUAACAUCUGCCAGAUGUGCUAUUGUUUUCUCUUCACCUGCAUGCGGCUCGGUACCUUCUCAUCGUUGUAGCAGUAUAAUCUUUACAUUCUGGCACGUUCUUAAAUAUACAAAUCACACGUUGUUAUUUAAGGAAGCCCUUAUAUUGUGAAGCUUACAAUAGUUAUAACCGCAAAGUAAGAUUUGUUUUAGUGUAAAAGUCGCCUAUAAUUUUCUGCAAGACCCUUUUACACUCUGUGAUGUCAUAUGUUCGGUUGACGAAAAACUUCCUCAAUAUCAUAAAUCUUGCAGUAAACUUGGCGCAAUGUCUGUCAUCACUCAGGUUUGGACAUUACAGAACUAAUGCGUUGUUCGUCAGGGAAAUCAGUAAUGAUAAGAUGGAUAGAAAGUUGUAUUGUUUAAUCUUUUCUACGAUAUGCGCCCUCCGCUUACACCACAUGCUGUACACACCUGUCAGCAACCACCACACUUGGAACACGCUGAUGCUUGCGACCGAGAUUGGAACGAUUGUAACAUUUGAUGAAUGAAUUUUCUAUUAAAUAGUUAUCAUAAAUUUCCUGUUGGAAAUUAUUAUUCUAUGAAUUAAAUGAAGCUUGUUUGUUUCAAGAUUCAGAUAGGAAGCCAAUAAUGAAUUUAACUCGUAACAUUUUUCUUUAUCAUCUUGAAAUGCCAAUUGUAACGACAGAUGUCCGCAACUAAACACAUCUACACAAAAGCAGCUAGAAUUUCGUCCUCGUCUUCGUACUACUGCACUCAGUAGCUAAACAUAAAAUAAUACUCAAGUUAUGCUCAAGUUAUAGAGAAAAAAUGUCCAUGUUAUUCCCGUUCACUCCCCGCAUCAUGAUGGGCAUAUGAUGACGCAAUACAACAUUGUUCUUGUUACGAAACGUAUGACUUGCAUUGUUGAAUUUUAAUGUUAAGAGUUAAAUUUGCCUGUUGUCUAUCAUUUUAAAGCUUUUUAUUCAUUAUUUAGCUGUUUGUUUGUUAAAAGUAACAUUGAACAAUGUCACUUUUCCGAUGAGAACGUCCUCAGCCGAGCGAAUCCUUUGUCUUGAAUCUGCAAGUAUCAGAAAAAUAUCAUUGUCGGCAUGAA